UUACGCAAUCGGCAAUCCCGAUAAACAAAACCACAACUUUAUGAUGAAACGGAGCGCAUUCCGAUCCGAUGAAAGCCUUCCACCGUUAGUAGGGCUUUAAGGACUGAGUUCGAAGGACAACAUUUUAUUACUCUGAGUAAGACUGUGGGGUUUUAAGUGUAGUUUACAGAGGUUUAGCCAUACGAAUAGAAAAAAACAAAGUAAUAUAUGAAUAAAUCUUUGACAAAGUAUUGUAUAUUCAUAAUGUAAAAAAAUAACACGAAAGUUGUGGCUGAAGUCAUAAUUUUAACCAUUAUUUAUGAAAUAUAAGUGUUCGCAAUAUUUUCACUAACUUAUGAAAAGUAACUUUUCCUUGUGGUGAAUAGAAAAUUGUGAAGUGAGACCUGAAUGUGUAGAAAAAUACAAUAUCUUGCAAUGCAGUGUGACAUUCUUAUAUUCAAAACGAACAAAACAUCGUUACUACUACCAGACAGGAUUCCCAGGAAAAACAGAAGACUUCAGCAGUUGCUCUUUGUUUACCCUACGAUGUCUUCCGUUUUGCACGGCUCCCGAGAGCUCAGACGAUAGCGAAUACAGCAAAAUAGUAAAUGGUAAAUGUAAGGAUACGAAAGAAAGAGAGAGAUAAAAAGAGACUGACUGUGGUUCCAUCCAGCGUCAUCCUCAUGAAAUCGGAACUGUGAUUUACUGUGAUAUUGUUGCUGUUCGGCCAGUGUAUUUUCUUGGCUAUGAAUCGCCCUUAGAACCUCCUGUGUUCUAGGGCGAAGGCGCCGUAAAGUCUGCGGCAAAUGUGAUUAAUGUUCACCCAAGUCGAUUCUGUGAUAGUUUUCUGUGUGUAAAAUAGCUUUUGUUGAAGUCUGUAACCUAGAUUUAGUAUAGUGAAGGAAGAUAUAGCUUCCAACGUGAUACGAAGAAUUCAAUGUUUCGCAGUGGAGAACGAUAACAAAAGCGUCUACAGUUUAGUAAAAAGAGGAAAAUUGUUUAUCAAAACGUAUAAAUCUGCAUCCAGUCCAGUUGAGAAAAAGAACUGCUCCUAGCACUUGGUGUGAUAAUUAUGCCUUCCUUGUAAAACCAGUUUCUAAAGCCUUACAUAACACGCAAAUAAAAGAAGAGGAUUGGAGUCCAACCGCAAUCGUCUCGGAAACAGCCUUCCAGAUCUUGAACCACAAGGAAACAAAGGAAGUCUAGUCUGCGCAACUGCGAAGAUUCAGAUUAAGUGCCUUACACCCACGCCUCUCCCGCCCGCCAUUCUCCAAAGAAGAAGAAAAGCAAGAAACUCAAAAAAGACGAAUCGUGUUAAACAGAGACGAGAGAAGGUUCCCGUCCACCUAUUCCUUUCUUCGUUCGUCAACUCUUCUUGAUUCGGCAAGAUGAUGAGCUUCAAGCAGUGGCUGGCGUUGCUGGGCAUCUACACCAUCUACAUGCUCAUCGGCGCCGCCGUCUUCAUCAGCCUCGAGAAGGACAAUGAGCUGGCGGGCCGCGAGGAGCUGCGCGACCUCAAGGGGCGCGUCAUAGACUUCGUGUCGGGCCUGGACAACGAGAGCCGCCCGGCCGCCGAGGUCGUCUUCGAAGACGUGGGCGACGUCUGCGGCCACGACUUCCUGACGGCAAAGGACGACGCGCCGCUCACCUGGUCGCUCUGGAAUUCCUUCUUCUUCACCUUCACCGUCAUCACCACCAUAGGAUUCGGCCACAUGUCCCCCGCCACGCCUUGGGGCCGCGUCUUCUGCAUCCUGUACGCGCUCGUGGGCGUGCCCCUCAACGGCAUCCUCGUGGCGGUGCUCGCGGACAUCUUCUCCAGCAAGGUGGUGAACUCGCACGUGCGCGCGCGGGCCAAGCGCUACGAGUCGCGGCUGGGCGUGGCCACGGACGCCGUGCUCUACCUGGUGCCCGGCUUCAUCGUGUUCCUGUUCGUCCCGGCGGCCGUGCUGCUGGUGGUCGAAGAGGGAUGGAAUUACCUCGAUUCCUUCUACUUCGCCUUCAUCACUCUCACCACCAUUGGAUUCGGGGACUAUGUGGCCGGGCGACAGGAUCUGGACCACAUGUGGAUCUGGACUUACAAGGUCGUGAUGGUGGUGUGGAUCGUGUUCGGCCUCGGAUACAUCGUCAUGGUCAUCACCUUCAUCCAGAAGGCGCUCAGUUCGAAGAAGAUUCACAGGAUUGAGCAAAAGGUCGCUCGGACGCUGAAGAGACAGGCCUCCAAGAUUCACCAGAACCUCCACACGGACCUCAAGAGGCUGCGGAAGGUGGUGACAGCUCUCGCGAUCCUUCCUGACGACACUGAGGAGGACUGCGGCAAGGAGAAGGUCCUGAAACGGUGCGCGAGCCAGUCCGCGAUGUCUCAGGGCGUGGGCGGCGUCGAAGCCAAGGAGGAUCACACCCUCCCCCGCUCGGUGACGUCACUGCAAUCGUCCGAUCGCAUGAAAACCUUCCGGCAGGCGUUGUCCGAGGCGGCCAUCAACAAUGUGGGCAAGAAGGACCAGCUCCGCAGCCUGUCGUCUCUGGAGGACGUGGCUCUGUUCCUGGAGAUGGUGGAGUCGCUGCUUCACGAGCACGAGGCGGGCAUCGCGAAGGAGGCGGACGACCAGGCGCACCACAUCCUCAGCGACGACGACUCCAACUCCUCCGACGAUGACUCCUACGGCACUGUGACGGACAUCCCUCACAAGGGGGACCUCGAGGCCGGCUUCUGCAAUCAGGCUUUCGUUGGCGACAAGGGUGAGGUCGAGGUCGCCGUUCAAAAGCCAUGCCAUGACGCCAGCGACGGCAGCAAGAAGGGCCUGGAAAAGGAGGAUGAACCCAGCGUUAACCAGCGGGUGCAGCAGCGGCUAAACUGUCUUCUGAUGGAGGUAGACAAAAAGUCGAGCCGAGGACGUCUGCACCAUAAGUCGCUGACAGAAAUCACUUCUUCGGGCCAGCUCCUGGGCGAGAUGGAGAGCAUCGUGUGCAAGCCCUUCUCGAGCCCGGACCUCUACGAUACCAGCAGCGCCAGCCAUCGAAGCUACAACUCCGUCCCAGGUCGCAUCAAGAGCGGUUGCGUGAAAUCGCACCCGAGCCUCAGCGACGUCUUCCCUGCGUUGCCCUCCGCCUGCGACGCCGUCGACCACCAGCCUGUCUCCCAGCACGGCGGCCAGCACCCCGAGAAGCCAGCCGGCCGCCGCUGGUCCGUCGGGAGCGAGAGUCGCCGGAAGGGGGUCCCUCGCGAUGGCCACCACGCCCCCCACCACGCCCCCCACAACUUCCUCGCGGGCAUCAAGCUGUCUGCGGCAAAGAGCGCCAAGGACCUGAGCUCGCCGCUGUCUCUGCUCUCCCAGUGGAUUCACGGCAGCGCCCUCAGGACCCAAGGCCUGCAGGAGGCGGAGAAGGCAAGAGAGAAAGAGAAGGACAGCGGCAGCAGUGACGAAUCGCAGGAAGCCACUACACCUCAAUACACGCGGUUGUAAUGUUUCAUUUUUAUUUGGUUGUUGUUGUUUUUUUAAUUCAUUUAUGAUACUUCAUGGAUCCAAAGUAGUACAAAUAUCGUAUACUUGCUAGAUGUGUUGAAAUGUCCAGUCAAGGGACAUUUCUCAGGAACCAAGCGUGCGUAUGUAAACACAUUCAUUUCGAUAUCUAGACGAAAUUAUCAUGCGUAUAUCUGGAAAGUCAGACUAAAGAGAGAGGCCUUGUUUAACAUCUUGAGUGUGCACUACCAAAUUCUCGAGUGUACAGAGUUUGCAGCUGAUCUAUGCAAAUGCGCGAGAGUUUGCAGUUUGCACCUAAGAUAUGCACCUGCAAUAAUAAAAAAGAUUGUGCUUAACAGACAUUUCUUAUAUGCACAAUAAGGAUAUAUAAAAAAAAAAUACCCUGGGUGUGCACAUGUAGAACAUUUUAUGCCGGCUGUUUGGGCAGGACUGGCAAGACAAAUACAGCAACAUGAAGCCCGACCUGAAAGUGAACUUGUGCCUUAAACUUGGCGGAUAACAAAUUGUGAAAGUAACGUUUCCAGGUAUCAGUCCGUCUCUUUCGGUGAGAAAGCCACUUACGUUUCUAGUUAUGAUUGUGUGUGUGUGCAUAUAUAUAUAUAUAUAUAUA